AUGGAGGCGAGCUUGCCCACCGAGUCGGGCUCAAUCGGGCGGGCUGACGGAAGCGGCGGUGGCGGUGGCGGCGGCGGCGGUGGUGGAUUUACGGGAGAAGACAAGGGGGAGCUGCUCUGGCGCUUGGAAAUUCGGGCAGAUGUGCUGGCAAGGCGCUUCUUGCAACAUCGAGCCUGGCGGGCCUGGUCUGAUGCUUUGGCAACUCGGCAGCGACUUGGUCGCCUCGGAGCAGAGCUAGUCGCUCAUUUUUCCCGGCAACGCCAGCGCACUAUUUGGCUGGCUUGGAUCAAGUAUACAGAACAUCGUCGAGCACGGAAUGGUGCGCAUGCUGCUGCUUUGCAGCACCGUCGUCGUAGAGUACUCGAGGCAGCCUGGCGGGCUUGGCGAUGGUAUUAUCGACGCCAACAACAGCUUGCGCCGCUUGCUGCCAUUGUACGUCACCGAUGCACGGAACGACAUUGCCGCGCAGCGCUUUCCAUUUGGCGCAACCACGUGAAGUGGCGACAGCACCUGCGACGGAAGGGGUUUGCUGCCAUCCAGCUGCAACGCCUUCAUCAGCUACGAUGGGCUUGGCAAUGCUGGCGCCGCUUUGUUGAUGAGCAAGUGCGAUCUCGCCUCCUGCUGGCCCAAGCCGAACUUGCCAGCGAUCGACGCUUGCAACGAGUCUGCUGGUACCGCUGGCAGCAGCACCAGACAGACCGAUGCCGAACUCGCACCCAACUGGCUCGUGCUUGCGCCCAUAACCGAGACCACGCUUUACAGCGCACAUGGCAUGCCUGGCGACUCUUCAUCCGGCUGCGCCGUGCCAAGAUCGCACGGGUCAAGCUGGCAACCGACCAUGUUCGACGGUAUCGGCAGCACAGUGCUUUGCAGCACUGGCGGCAGCAAUGGCAAGGCUUACACAAGCUGCAGGCCCGUGCAGACGCGCUGCUGCACUUGAGCCAGCUUAUGCGCCGAAAUGCCGCGUGGCAUAAAUGGCGCGCCAGCUACGAGUUGAGGGUUGAACGCCGUCUUCUGGCUCAACCAGUCUUCAUUGAAUGGCAAAGACAACAACGUCGAGCCCAGCUUGCUAUCUAUUGGCGAAGUUGGCUCGCUGCCAUCGCCACUCGCGUGCGCCUACGCAAGAAGGCUCAGGUUGCAGAGGCGCUGUGUGACCUGCACCUACAUCAGCGCAUCUUUCGUGCUUGGUGGCACCAUGUUCAAGUGCAGCAAACAGCACGUCGUCGCCUAGCUCUGGCUCUGCGACAAGACGAACUGGCGCUCCAGCGCCGCACCUGGCAGCGAUGGUCCACUACACUUCACCUACAACGUCAAACCCAACAGUACCUGCGCCGCGCACGAAUAUACCGUCAUGCGGUACUCUUGCUGGGCUCGCUCGAUCAAUGGCGCGGCCUUUUAGCUCGUCAGACAUGGCUGCACAGGGCCCUGGCUCUGAGUGAAACUCAAGAGCGUCGCUGGACUGAAAAACGAGCCUUUGCGCAGUGGCAAAAGGCCCAGGCCACACGUGUACAUGACCAACGGGCGCUGAAAACGAUGAGGCGUGUGCAGGCCCACCUGACUCUCAUAGGUACCUGGCACCAUUGGCUAGCCUUGGUACGCCAUCGCGUUGCACGACGCCGUGCCUUGUUGAAUGCCGACGCUGUGGCCACUUUGAGUGUCGUGCGUGCCGCAUGGCACCGUUGGGUUGCCCAUGCCGCUCGUAUUGCUGUCAUGAAUCGAUGGCAGCUCGACCUGUCUUCCCAAAAAGCCCGUCAUCGGUUGCAUUACGCCUUGGUGCGAUGGGUCUUGGCUUUUGCUCAUGCUCAGCGCGCCCGCGCACAAUCCCGUUUGGCACAACGGGCCUUUCAUCAACGCCUCGUGCUUCGCACCUGGUUUGCUUGGCACGACUGGGCUCGACGGCAUGCCGCUAGGCGCCGAAUAGAUGCAGCGCUUUGCGAGCAGUUUGCUCGACACCACCAGCAACAGACCCGAUUGAGGGUCUGGCACCGCUGGCGUCAUGCUCUAGUCUGUGUGCAGGAAAACAAGCGGAAGCACGCGCGUGCUGACGUUCAAUUUUAUCAGACCCUACUUCGCCGAGGGUUUUAUGGCCUUCUUCUCUACGCUCGUGUGCAGCAGCAGCAGCGACACGCUCUUGCCCGACUGAUACAAGGGCUUUGCGGCCGUUUCAUGCAUGCUCGAUGGACGGUCGAGGCAAGAUCUUGGCGUUUCGGGCAUGGCGAAGAUGGCGUGCCCUCGUUCUUCGGCGGCGUCAAGCAGCGACUUGCUUGA